CUUCGUAUGGUUUUUCGAUGUUCGGCUGUUCGCCCUGGGUUUACUGUUUACUGAUACGAGUGCAGUUUUACAGCGGUAAAAUGAAGACGUGAAAGGAAGUGGGAUAUUGAACCUAGUGGGACCGAAACAAACUGCGAACAUGACGAAUGUGUACUCAUUUGAUGGGAUCCUGGUAUUCGGUCUGCUGUUCAUCUGCACCUGCGCGUACCUGAAGAAAGUGCCCCGUCUGAACACCUGGCUGCUGUCGGAGAAGAAGGGCGUGUGGGGAGUUUUCUACAAAGCUGCUGUGAUUGGCACGCGGCUACACGUUGCCGUGGCGCUGUGCUGUCUGGUGAUGGCCUUCUACCUGCUUUUCAUGAAGUGACAGAGAGUGGGGAGGACUGACAGACAGUAUGGACAGCAUGUUUGCACACGCCCACUGCCAUGGUGCAUCUGUACAGGACAGACAAAGACUGCCCUCUACUGGCCAAAAAGUAGACCUGCAUCAUCUGACACUCCCCAAAGCCACCAGAAAUAUCAUGGAUUUCCUGUAUUUAUAGAUCAUAGAAAAACACCUGUGCUUAUGCAGUUAGUUUUAUAAUUGUUGGAUAACACUGAGGAUAUAGUAGUGAUGGGGUAAGUAUAAAUUAAACAAGAUUUAAAAAUUAAAGUAUUUUACCUGCAAUACAUACUUAAAAAAUUUAUUUUGAUCAAUGGUUUUUAAGUUAGGAAAAACUGAUUUAGUCUCAGUACUUAUGCUGUCGAAGGUGUUACAUAGACAGCAUAGAAACUUGCUACUAAACAGGUUCUAAUUUGCUGUUGGGGCUCCCUUUUUCAAUGAAUAUAAAAACAAAAUGAACAAUGUUACAGGGCGUUUGGGUUUAGUUGGCACUGUAUGAGAGUCCUCAGUCUGAGUGGAUUCCCGCUGUGACUGUCCAUCAUAAGUCUGCUGAAAAGAAAGAGGACUGUCAAGGGCUCCAUGAGAUGUGUCUGCCAGAUGUCAAUCUUUUUUCCUGUAGAUACAUGGCGGACUCGCUUCGCAAAAUUGUUGUUUUUUAGACCAGUGCCUUUGGAUUGUAGCACUGGGGGGGGGGGGGGGUCUUAAUUUGGUAGCUUUUAAGCUAAGUAAAAUGGCCGUCUUAACAUCAAAACCUAAAAUGCAACUUUUAAAAUAGAUUAAUGGCUGAGGAAUAUCCGAGUACCGUAAUGGGUUAACAGCUGCAGUGUUCUCAGUUUGGCGGAAGGUUAUUAACAGCAUAUGCAUAUGCAACAUUUUAAUAUUCCUGAGGGGACUGCUUGAUGCGGAGCUGUAGGAGUGUAAGAACAGGAAACAUAUGAAGUAUAUUGUUGCACAGCUAAGGUAUAUAAAAAACCUAAUCACUGGUGAUUGUCCUUCUUAGUAACACUUAAUGUUCCGUCUGCGUUGGGGCGGAAGUGGCUCUGCUCAUUUCCUGGUUUAUUUAUAGACGUGUAUGAGUAAUGCUGAAAUGUCUCUGUGUAAUUUAGGUUCAUUUUAAGCGUACGCCCACCGAUUCCAUUCUGCAGAAUAAGCAUUACUGGUGUGCUCUUAAGGCCCGGCCCUGUGGAGUUUGUCACAUGGCUGCAAGAAGAGAAUGGCCUGGUUUGUAUUAUGAAAGGUCACUAAAAAAAAAAA